GACACUACAAGAGCAAUAUGGCGUCCCACGUAGGGCAAGGUACGGUUUUAUAACGGCGAGUGAUCUAAACGUAAUCUAGGAGACAACAUGGCGUCCCAAGCAGAUAACCCUGGUUCUCGGCUUCAUAACAUAGCCCAAACCACCCGGAUUCUCAUAAACCACGAUGGUCCUUCACAGUUUGUAUCUACGUUUGCUGAGAGAGCAGCCCUCAAGAUUCUAAAAUCAUAUGGGAGCAUCUUCAUCAAGGGAAAUCUGGUUCAGGUAAAAUCAAGGAUAGGGUUGAAGCUUCUGGACGAUAUUUCCAAGGAGAAAGGCGUACAGCCUCUCAUACUUACGUCAUACAGAGAAUGGAAUCUGGUCCCAACAGCUGAAGGAAAGAAAACCGAUGCUACUCCUGGCAGUCCUAAAUAUGUUGUCAUGAUUGAAAACAUUUUUGGAAGCAGCAACCUUGUGCAGACUCGGGUGGACGAGUGGAGCAGAUUGUUUGACAUCAUGUGGCCUGCUGUAGAAUCUGGACACAUAUAUCUCAUACUAACAUCCAGACCAGACAUCAGUGCUCAAUGUGAGAGUCAAGUGAAGAAGUACAAACUGAUAGAGAACAUUCAAUGUAUCACACUAGACUCGGGGCUAUAUGCUCUCAGAAACGGAGAGAAGAAGAAACUCAUGAGAAUGUAUUGUGGGAAAUUUACUUUUAGUGAUGAGGAAAUCAGAAGAGCGAUUGAAGUGCAUGGGGCUCUUGGUUUUCCCCAAUGCUGUAAAUAUUUCGCCAGCAGCAGAAAAGCAAAGGCUAAAGGUAUUCAGUUUUUCUUCAAACCAUAUGAAUACAUAACAGAGGAAAUUGGAAUACUCCAAGAAAGUGAUCCACUUGGAUAUCUGGUACUUCUUCUCGUUUUGAUGAAUGGUGGUCACUUGGCAAAUACCCCAGUGAGGUCGUCGAAGAAGACACAGCAGAUCGAAGCUCUCAUUGGAAGUGGGUUAUGUAGCCUUCCUUCUCAGCCCAGUUCCACAGCUAUACUGACGAAGGCAGAGUCACUUCGUGGUGUUUACUUAGAGAAGAUUGAAGACAAGUUCCAGUUUCACCAUCAGUCAAUCUUUGAUGCUGUUUUCGCAUUUGUGUCAAGGAUAUGCCCAGACAUGUUUCUUGGAAUAUGCCCUGCAAAGUUGUUUGUAGAAAUGGUAAAGACUCAGAUACAUUGUACAAAGUCAAAUGAAGUUGUUGUCAUGGUGCCUAGGGACAAUUAUGGGGUUCUUGCUGACAGAAUCACAGAGUUACUCCUAUCUGAAGACUCUUUGGUAGUCCUCGAUCAUCCUGCUCUGCAUGAUGAAGAGUUCACAGACGUCAUGUUUGAAAAAUGGAAAGAUGAGGAAAAGCUGAUGGACAUUUUGACAUUUACAAUGCCAUACCAACUGGAGAUAAAGAUUGGCCAACCAGUGUCGAAUGGAUGUUUGUUCAAAUGCAAAUUCAUCCUACCAUGUAUGUUACUCAAGCAAAUCAGACACCUUACUGAAUUGCUGACUGCUGUUCUCACAGACGGUUCUCCGACAGUAAUGCUCACAGAGUUGUUGGCAUGCGCUGUAUAUGCGAACGAUUUCACUUCAGCCAACAUGUUAUUGAACAUGGACGUGACCCCAGAUGAAAGCUGUUUCCGCGCUUUAUGUGGAUCGCCCAAGACAUCAGAUGGCACUGAUGAGAUUGCCAAACAUAUUCUUUCAGCUGUCACUGAGGACAUGGAAUUAAAGGAUAUGUUUUGUGCUGCUGUUUUAAAGGAUAACAGUCUAGUUGUGCAACAUCUCUUUGAAAGCAAACUCAAAAAAGAGGGAAAUGACCAUACUGAAUGGAUGGUUAGACCGUCUUUGCCGUUAUCCCAACUUCUGAAGAAGAUUCAAACGACCCUGAGGACGUCGGAGAUUCAGAAAAUCCCUAUGACCAAACAGAGAGGGUGGAUCACGAAGAUCAAGGAGAUACAGAGGAGGAUAGAAACACUCAAGAUUAUAUACAAAAUGAUGAAGAAUCAAGGGGUAUUAAUUCAAGCAGGCGCUGAUGUCAAUGCACAGACGGCGGCUGAACAGUCAACACCACUCCAUGUAGCAGUGAAGAAAGGAUCUGUGGAAUGUGUAAAGUUACUAUUACGGGCCGAUGCAUCAGUUGAUGUGAUUGAUUCUGACAAUAAUACGCCACUAACAUGUUCAGAUAAAACUGAUUUUGAGAUAGUGAAGGCCCUUGUCUAUGCUGGCAUUGACGUAAACUAUUCAGGCCGCAGUGGAAGGACAUGCCUACAUUUGGCAUUACAAAAUGAUGAUUUAGCCACUGUCAGGCUACUAUGCGAUCACGGAGCUGACGUAAAUAGUGUGGAAACUGAGGGAGUCACCGUGUUGAUGAUGGCUGCGCUCCAUGGAGAGAUACACAUGAUGAAGUUGUUGUGUGAGAAAGGAGCCAAACUUGACUCAAGGGAUGCAAAGGGUGAAACAGUGCUCCAUAAAGCCGCCUUAUCUACUAUAGAUGCCGCAGAGAAGCUGCUAUACCUGUUUGGGUUUCCACAUGCUCCUAUAGAUAUAGAGGACAAUGCAGGGAGGACAGUUUUGUUUCCUGGGGUGCAGUCGGAAGAUAUUGAGGUGAUACAAAUCAUUCGUGACAAGGGGUUGGACUUGCUGAAGUGUGAUCAAGAUGGAAACAAUGCCUUACAUGCAGCAUGUAAAGACGGUGUUAAAGACUUUGACACCUUAUCAACGUUAUUUGGAAACAGCUUUGGACACAUCAAUCAGCAGAAUAAUCUUGGUGAGACCGUCCUUUACCUCUUGGUUCAUGGCAAGAUCUCCUGUGACUUUAAACAACUCUUAGAUGGAGGUGCCAACCCAAACAUAACCAGUGCAAAUGGUAAAACAGUUCUUCAUGUGGCUGUGGAGAGAGGGAAGCUUGAACUUGUUGAAUUACUUCUACAAAGAGACGGCGACCCAUGUGUAGCCGAUCAAACGGGCACGACACCACUUCACAUUGCUUCUCAAAGUGGAUAUUAUAAAAUUGUUAAGCUGCUUUUGAAGCACAGAUCAGUUCCAAAUGCUGUCAAUGAAAGUGGCAGAACAUCUAUCCAUCUGGCUUGUGAAAACCUUUACGAGGGUUGUGUCCAGGAGCUCUUAAAAGCACAUGCGGAUCCUUGUGCAGUAGAUACAAAAGGACUGACACCACUUCACCUUUGCGUGGGGGUUAACAUCGGUAUGAAAGCGCUUCAAAGAAAAAUGUUGUAUCCCCUUACUCCUUAUGGAAAACCAUUAGAAUCACUGGAGAAAUCAAGCAUAGAAUCAAGAAAUUGCAUCAUGAAAAUGCUUUUAGUUGCUGGGGCGAAUCCCAACACAUCUGACAAUGAAAGAAAGUGUAUUCUCUAUGUUGCAUCUAUUGAGCAAAGUGCAGAAUCCUCAGUUAAAAUACUUUUAGAAGCAGAAGCUGUUGUUUCUGCCACAGAUCCAGAUGGGAGAUCGCUUCUUCAUUUUGUCGCUGAGAACGGAACGCCUGAAGUUUAUAAGCUUCUUGUAGAUCGUGGAGCUGAUGAAUAUAUGCGGGAUCACAAUGGAAGAACACCACUACAAAUCAUGACGAAAAAAAAGCGCAAGAGUAAGGUACAGAAUGAUCCAAACCUAGUGACUAACAUAUGGAGAAAUAUGGGGUUUCCGGUUCCGGAUUUACAACCGAACCCACUGGGAACGUUUGCAAAUCCAUCUGGUUUUGGUCCUCCAAGAAACGUUUCUGCCUGUUACUCCAGUUGAAAUUGAAACUGAUGUUGUGAGUCCCAAUACAGAUUCACAUCCUGAAACUGGAGCUGAGGGAGAAGACAGAAGCAAAGUGGAAAGUGAAGAAGGUGAAAACCAAACUAUUGUUUACCAGAGAGUUGAAAGUAUCGACAGUGGCCAUGAUUGAAGACGCUUGAAAUAUAGGAUGACAUUGAAAUACUGCGUACACAUCAGGUUGAGUGUCAAUUAGUUGCAAGGGAUAAAUAAACGUAUUUCAAAUAACAAUGGAGAUGAAGAGUCAAUUCAAACUUAAUAUCAGAUACGAGUUUUUGAAACAACGCAAAAAUAUUAUACUCCUUUAGAGGUUCGGCGAGGAAACAAACCUUGCGCUGCUGUAGUACUUAAUGCGCAUGUAAAUACUUACACCACCCGUGGUCACAGUUUGGACUCGAGGGACUACAGAUGGAAGCAGGGCUACACUUGAAACCAAAGCAGAACUCUGCAAUAAGCUCUGUCAGAUCACAACGUUCGAUCAACUAGGGCCGUUUUGAAGUUCUGACACACAUUAGAGUUUAGUCCAGCGGACCGGAAGUAGCAAUACAGUGUGACGUGGAACCUAUGAUUGUGGGUUCGAAUCCUAAAUUGGUCCUGGUCAUGUUUCUUGGUUUGUUAGCACCCUAACCAUAGCUGGCAAUGGUUAUCAAUGUGGUGAUCAUCAAAGACAUGCACUACUUAGUAUCCUCCCAGAUGACACGCAGUUAUUUUAUAUAUAUACUGAAAGGCAAAAGAAA